AUGGCGGAGGCGGAAGGGGAGAGCUUGGAGUCCUGGCUGAAUAAAGCCACCAAUCCUUCCAACCGGCAGGAGGACUGGGAAUACAUCAUUGGCUUCUGUGAUCAGAUCAACAAGGAGCUCGAAGGGCCACAGAUCGCGGUCCGGCUGCUCGCCCACAAGAUCCAGUCCCCACAGGAAUGGGAGGCGGUGCAGGCCCUGACGGUAGGUUCUUCAGUCUCAGAGGUGGAUGAAUUGGCCCUGCCGGAAGAAUCAAAGAUCAAGGAUGCCUACCACAUGCUGAAGAGACAAGGCAUCGUGCACUCUGACCCCACGAUUCCUGCUGACAGGACACUCAUCCCCUCCCCACCCCCUCGUCCCAAAAACCCCGUGUUUGAUGAUGAAGAGAAGUCCAAGCUUUUAGCCAAGUUGUUGAAGAGCAAAAACCCCGAUGACCUGCAGGAGGCCAACAAGCUCAUCAAGUCCAUGGUGAAGGAAGAUGAGGCCCGGAUCCAGAAGGUGACUAAGCGUCUGCACACUUUGGAAGAGGUCAACAACAAUGUCAGACUGCUCAACGAGAUGCUGCUUCACUACAGCAAAGAGGACUCUUCAGAGGCCGACAAGGAGCUCAUGCAGGAGCUGUUUGAUCGGUGUGAGAACAAGAGGCGGACGUUAUUCAAACUAGCCAGUGAGACAGAGGACAAUGACAACAGUUUGGGGGACAUCCUGCAGGCCAGUGACAACCUCUCCCGGGUCAUCAACUCUUAUAAAACAAUUAUCCAAGGGCAGGUCGUCAAUGGGGAGGUGGCCACCUCAGCCCCACCCGGCCCAGAAGGAAACACGCACACCAGUAGCCACGGCACGCUCAUCGACCUGGCUGAGUCCGACACGCCGGGCAGCUCGCCCCCAGUGCUGGCGCCCAUACCCGUGCCACCCACAUCGGGCAUCCCUGUCCUCCCGCCACCCCCUCAGACCACGGGCCCCCUGCACAGCUGCUCGUCCAGCCAGGCCGAGGCCCCACCUGAGACCAGCGGCACCAGCAAUGCCCUCUCCCUGCUGGACGAGGAGCUGCUCUGCUUGGGCCUCACUGACCCGGCUCCCAGCGUUCCUCCAAAAGACACAGCUGGAAAUAGCCAGUGGCACCUGUUCCAGAAUGAACAGGCUGACCUGGACUUCUUUGGCCCCAAGCCGGGCCCUGCUAGCCACGGCUCUGUAGACGGCUCUCCCUUCCAGCCCGCAGCCCCACCUGCCAGCAGCUCCCAGGCACCACCGCUGUCCCCCUUCCCGGCUCCUAUCGUCCCGGCCAGCGUUCCUGCUCCCAGUCCAGGCUCCUUGUUCUCCACUGGACUGGCCACAGCUCCAGACCCAAAGGCUGAGCUGGCAACCCCCGGGUACCAUGGCUCAGCCCUGGGUGACAGCGCCCCGCACCACCUGGACGCACUUGACCAGCUUCUGGAGGAGGCCAGAGUGUCCUCAGGCUUGGUGAAGCCCAUCUCCUCCAGCUUCUUCCCUGGGGCCGCACCCUCCCCUCUCCUCACCACCGCCGCCUUGGCCAGACCACUGCUGCCCUUCCCCGCGGUACCCGGCAGCCCCCUCCUCCAGCCCCAGGGCAGCCCCCCAAAGGGGCCCGAGCUUUCCCUGGCCAGCGUCCACGUCCCCCUGGAGUCUAUCGAGCCUAGCAGUGCCCUCCCCGUGACAGCCUAUGACAAGAACGGCUUCCGCAUCCUCUUCCACUUCGCUAAGGAGUGCCCGCCAGGGCGGCCUGACGUGCUGGUGGUGGUGGUGUCCAUGCUGAACACGGCUCCCCUGCCCAUCAGGGGCAUCAUGCUGCAGGCCGCCGUGCCCAAGUCCAUGAAAGUGAAGCUGCAGCCACCCUCAGGGACGGAGCUCUCCCCUUUCAGCCCCACCCAGCCCCCUGCUGCCAUCACCCAGGUCAUGCUGCUGGCCAAUCCGCUGAAGGAGAAGGUGCGUCUUCGGUAUAGGCUGACCUUCGCCCUGGGGGAGCAGCUGAGCACAGAGGUGGGCGAGGUGGACCAGUUCCCUCCUGUGGAGCGGUGGGGCAGCCUAUGACCCCGG